CCUCAUCUUCCUCGAAAUUUUUUUCAGAAGUUGAGCAGCGAGAACUGAUGAAGGAUAUGACUGGUCGAUACGACUGGCCAAAGAUCAAGGAGAAUUUGUUGGCUAGAAGCUUCGACCAGAUGCUUUACCGUCUCCUGAAGCAGCAAAAGGAGGACCGCGAAAAGGAAGGGGUAAGCGCGGACAAGGACCAAGCUGUUUUCAAAACCCUGAUUGACAUGCGGAAUAUGAUGGCUGACAUGAAGGAGGAAAGGUUAAAGCUACAAGUGAUGAUGGUCCAGACGAAAGGGGGAAAAAGGAAGGGGAAAGCUCCCGCAAUGGAGGAGGUGAGCAGUAGCAACAGUGAAGAGGAAGAUGAGGAGGAAGUGGAGCCCCCUCGAAAAUUGACCAAGGCAGAACGGAAGGCCCUGAAUCAGAUACGAGGAGGGCAAGGCACUGGUAAAAAGCAGCGGAAGAAUAAUGGAGGAGGUGGACAAGGAAGCAACCAUGAACAAGCGGCUCAAGCCCCUCCUCAACAACCCCAACCUCAGGCAGGAGGCCGAGGCCGAGGUCAAGGUAGAGGACAAGGCGAUGGGGGAGGCAGAGGAAAUGGGGGCGGCCGAGGCAAUUGCCAGAAUUGGUUUUGUAAGUAUUGUGGCCAAGAUGGACAUGGGAUACGGUUUUGUCAGACCGUUACCAAAGAUGAAAACGAUAAGGUUAUAAAUACGAAUAUUCGAGGCGAGGUCUACGACUUCGAAGGGAACCUCAUCGAUCCCAAUGUGGAGGGAGGAAUGAGAAAGGAAGCUUUCCGACGUAUGGGGCGAGAUCUUCCAGCAACUUUUCGACUGGCUUCUCCGGAAGAAGUCGAACAGAUUGAGUUGGAAGCGACAAUGGAAUCAUUGACAAUUAAGGAUGCCAAGGCCCGAAAUGAAGGUUUGAGUAAAGGGCAGGAAGAGAUACUGCAUCGAGCCCAGUUGGUGGUCAGAAAAAUGACUCGAUGCAGGGAAACUUUCGUUUAAGUAUGUGCCGACAUGAAUGAAGAGUGGCCCGGGCU